AGGCCUUCGAAGGGAUAGGCGAUGUUACAGCAGACAAGCUACAUAUCCACUUUGAUGCUUAAGCUAUAUCUCGGUUAUUUGAGCGGGCAAGCCGGCCUAACCCUUGUGAGUGGCUGUGGCAUUAAUGAGAAUAAGAGAACAACGUUAACGUGUUUGGGUUUUUGGUACUCAGGCGGUAAAGGUUGAUGUAGCCUGCCACACUCGGGUAUGAAAGGUUUUAGGGGAUGGGGUAUGACGGGG